GCCUCCUAUUUGAUACAAAAAUAAUGGAUUACUUUUUACUAGACCUUAUAUAAUAAUGGCAUGGUCGGUCCGGAGACGAUUUGGACGCUCGGCUACAAGGAUCAUAUAUGUAAUACUAAUAUAUUGCCAAGGUGAGAGAAAAGUCCUGUUUCGGAACUACGGUGCAGAAAUAUGUAUUUUCCUCUCUUUCUGAGUGUAUUGUGAAGAUAAUGCGCGUGCGUCGGAUUGAUCGUCUCCGUGAAUAUAAAAAUAAAAUAUAUUUUAGCACAUGUGAGAUAAAGACUACUGAUAUGACAACAGGAACAAGUUACAUUUAUCAGAUGCUACAGCCAUGAGCACCCGGAAAUGUUUAUGUAAGAAAAGGGCUAAUGCGACUGAAAAUAUUAGUUUACACAGAUAAAGAACUAGUUAUGUGAAACGAUUAAUAUUUACUGUGACUUGUUAAUGACUUGCUGUUGUCUAAAUUUGUUCAAGUGGAAUUUCAUUUUUCUAAGUACAAAUAAUAAAAUUUGGUUGUUAUUUUUAUAUUUUUAAGAGAACGACAAUUUCGUUUAAAAUGGAUGAAUGCUUGUAACUUAUUCGAAGAUGAUGACGUCUCAAAGGUGUACAUUUGUUCAAGGCACUUCAAGGAUGAGAAUAUGAGAAAAAAAAUAGUACUGGGGGAGUAUACUGACUACUUCCAGAAGUAGUUCUUUGAAUAUCAGUGAUAAAUGCCCAAGAAAUGGUGCACAUCAGCGGCGAAGAUGUCCAAUGUCAGAACUUAUUCAUCGGAGAUUUGAAAAAUGUAUCACCUGAGAGAAAAAUAAUCAGUGAUGAUAUGAACAAUGAACUACAAUUGUAAAUCUAUCUUCAAGUUGUACACGUUACUACAGUCAACAAAAAAAAUUGACAAAUGGACUUAAGCCACUUUCAAAAUAAAUGGCUUAUAUUAUAUGUAUCAUCAGAAGAAAAUAGGAACAACAAUGAAGCUCUUGAUGAUGAUACUGGAGGUUUCGAAGAAGAUUAUGUAUGCAUCCCAAAAAAACGCAGAGUUACAGAACCACGCUUUAUUUCUAAAAUUUGUGUUCCUGACGUCGUAACUCCGAGGAGAGUUAAACGGGUAAUUGCACUUGAAAAGCGAAACGAACGGAAAGAAAGGAAAAAAAUUAACACACUCCAUUGCCAAAAGCGGGACUUGCUGAAGCGUAUCACUUGUCUACAAGAUAUGGUGAAGCAUUUACAACAAGGAUUAAUGUCUGAAAAUACUGGAGAAAGUGUAAUGAUAAAAUAUUAGGCAUAGUUAAUAAGAGUUGGGCACCUUCAGUUACACUGGAAUAAGUAAUUUAGGAUUCAUCAAUUAUAUGCGUUUAUUUAAAUAUGAUUAAGGAUGCCAACCUGAAUAAAAUAGCUUUUAAGAACUUUCUUUCGUCGCAACACAGUCAAAUGAAGAUAAAGAUAAAAAAUUAUUCAAAGAAUCUUAAACAAUAUAAUUAAUAUUGAUCAAGUUGAACUUCAUACAAACAUGUUCUUUUAUUGUAAAAAGAAAUAAUAAUUGAAAAUUUCAGUUGAAAAUAAUCAGUUGUUAUUAACACAUUCCCAAAAGAUAUAAUCUUGAAAUUAAAAAGUUUUAUUUAUUACUGGAAUUAAAGCUUUAUUUAAAGCCUUAUUUUACAAAGGUCUAUAGAUGGUCCGAUAUCUUUGUUCCUUACAUAAUUUACUUCGUUAUAUAUUCUAUACAAUUUUUUUUUAUUCCAAGAUUAUGUCAAAUAAACAUAAAUGAAAUUAAAAAAAAAUAGUAAAGGAACAUUGUUUUAUCAAAAUACAACUUCAUCAACAUUAAUAAUAUUGUUUAACAUUG